AUGCUCAACACAUCCGGCGCCGACAUUCUUCCAGCAGGCAGUGUCGAUGCACGCGCAACCAACGAAAGAAGCCGCGGCAGAUCACAAUCCGUCUCAUCAAGUAUACUGAGUGAAGACGAGUUCCACGAGUGCAAGAGUAACAAUUCAGCCAGCGCAAAGCUCAGCUUGGGCAUCCACACAACGGCAAACGAAAGCAGGGCAUUGGAAACAGAUAGCAUAUCCUCCUCAUUCACUGAAGCAGUGCCCAAAAGCCCAUCAGGGUCGCAAAAGUCACAGCAGCACCGCUACCGCAGCCUAACCAGCUCCGGCGUCCCUUCCGGCAAAUCCAGCAGCAAUGGUGGAAGCUCGGACAGCAUGGACUUAUUAAGCAAUGUCCCGUUACCGGCAAUGGCGCCGACACCCCUGCGGCGGUCGGCGACAACCACAACCAAGGCUUUUGAUAAGAGCAAGGGCGCGGUCAGCUCACUGGUUGAGGAGCGCGCUCGGAGGGCAGUCAAGGCCAUGGCUGAGGCAUGCACCACAGGAAUUUCGGUUCGUGAGGCCGACGAGCGGAGGUCACGCGCAUUCAACCGGCUGCUUGUUGACAGCCGGCUGCACAGGCGUGCGCGGCAGCAGCAGCAGCGAAACCUGGCGAUGCAGCCACGGCUGAAGCAUAAUCCCAUCCAUCAGGUGUCCUCCCAUGGCCACCUCUUAGGCGCGGCGGCUGCUCGUACCAGAAACGGCAUCCUGCCUGUGGUAAACGCGCUGACGCCAGAGCCUGACGGCCGCACUCUGAGCAUGACAAGUGACCACAAGGCCAUCAUUGUCGCGCGCAAACUGGCGCAAUGGCUCGUAUGCUUUGGCACGGUGCAGUUCGAUGUCGACCAGGGCCCGACGCUCAACCUGCUGUACCCGCACGUGCAAUUCAGCGAGAGCGAGCGCGCGGCCAUCUGCUUCUCCUCGAUGCCCGACUCGACGAUCCACGAGCUAUACGACUCAGUGUACACGUUCCACUUCCGCGUCAACCCUGUGCGGCUCAGACUGCCGAAGGACCGCAUCUUUCUGUACGGGCACGUGUUUUUCCGGCAGAAGCCGGUCGGUCGUCGUGAUCUCGCACUUGCCAUACCACGGUUUUUCUCGCGCAUGGCACACAUGCUGGGGCCGCUGUACUUUGACCUGGGCACGGCGAUCCUCGAGGCCGCGGCGCAGAAUGUCUCGUCGUGGCCGGCUCCCCGUGCAGACGGCGCCUACGAGCUGCCCUUUCUAGGCACGGCGCUGACGGUCGAGCUACCGGCGCGCGAUGCCAGCCAGCUGCUGGAGACCAGCAAGUUCCCACUUGAGCGCUUCGACCCUGGCGAGCAUAUCUUGGCGGGCGUGACGUUUGAUGGGCUGUUCCGCAGCUUCCGCGACGCCCUCGACGACCUGUGGGCGUGUUGGGAGCUGAUGAUCCUGGGCGAGUCGCUGGCCGUCGUCAGCCUGGUCGACAUCAUAUUUCCGAUUACUUACUGCGGCGACUACCGCCCAUAUUUUACCAUCCAGGACCCGGACUUCCGCGCUGUCGUAUCCAAGACGCACGUGCCGCCGAACACGGUCGUCGGCGUGUCCAAUCCAUUUUUCAGCGAGGCGCUGAGCCACUGGCCGCACAAGCUAUUUUUGGGCACCUCUGGCCGCAUGUCGCAGAUGCAUGGAGCGUCGGCGCGCAAGGCGCGCGCGUUCAACGAGAACAGCAAUGGCGCAGUGGCAUUGGCGGCACGGCGCAGCCGGCAACGGCGCGGUGGGCAGCAAGGGGAUCAAGCAGGGCUGCAGUCCAAGCACAAGUGUGCGAUCAGCAAGGACCACGGGAAGCAGCCGCCAUGGAUGGUCAACAACAUGCUGCGGCGCUACUUUAUGGAUCUGACGGUGCAGUUUCUGGCCCCGCUCAACCGCUAUUUCUCCACGCUCAUUCCACAGGUGCAGUCAUCGACCGCCAUUGCAGCGGGCCGCACCCUCCUGGGCGCAUGCGCGCGGCCGCGGAUCGACUGGGUCGGCAUCCAUGGCAGUGGUGCGAGCGCGUCGUCGUCGUCGUCAUCGGAGCUGUCCUGGUUUGUGCCACCUGGAAAUCUGCGGCCUUGGCGCACGGACGACUUUAUGGCGUCGCUGGCGUCCUUCGGCAUAUCGCCACAGCUCAACAGCCGCCAUAACACAGCGACAGCCGCAGACGUCUUUGUCUCAGUGUUUUCGACAAACAGCACCAAUGGAAGCGGAGACCAGAACGGUGCCCCGCUGACAGCACCUUCUGCUGGCGGCUCUGGCUCGGCUGGUUCUGCUGCUGGCUUGGCGCACCUCAAAAAAGAUCAGCGACGAGUGGCUGAAUCUUUAACCCAGUUUCUCAAGUGCGGCAACUUUGCGACGUGGCUCGCCCGGCGCACUAACGAGGCGCAGCGCGCGUUGCUGUCGCGGUUCCGGCAGGAGAUCUGCCGCGGCGAUGUGCACGCGUGGUGCCGUGGCUACGACCACCCGCUGGCUCUGGACACGCAGCAGCUGGCGGCCGAGCUCGAAAUGCUGGACCUGACCACGAUGGACUUGGGCCAGAGCAGCAGCAGCGGUAUUGUCGGCGGCGGCGGCAACAGCAGCGGUGGUGCUUCGGCCAAUCAUUCGCACGUCAAGCACGUGUUUACCACGGCAUCGGCAGCAGGCGCUGCGCGAGCAAGGGAGCGGCUGGCGCAGAGCGAGCAGCCAGUGUACGGCAGUGACGGCGCUCUGAUUGGCUACACGCGUCGCAAAACCAAUCCCGAAAACGCAGCCCCGCCAGCUGCCGCCCGUGUGCAUCCAGUAGCAGCACAUGGCGUUGAGGCUGGCGGGGCGGCUGUGCGCAAGCAGCUGGGGCGGCGGAUCACGCACGCGCGGAGGCCACAGCACGUCAUGCUCCAGGCCGCAUGGCAGAUUGCAGAGGUUAUGGGGCCGCAGGCUAUGGCCCGCAUUCCGCUGUCGCACCGGUCGACGGAGGCCAAUUCGGCCAUUGACGCGGAGAUGCGAGCCUGCGGGCCUUCGUCGGCCGCCGAGACAUUGGAGCUGCGCGCCCAGCUCUCCGUCAUGCUCGAGUACUUGGCUGCCGAGGAGGGCUGCCUGUUUCUGCCGCUGGUAGCCGACGACUACGUGGAUGCCGACGCCGACGCCGACGCCAACGUCUGA